AUGGCCUAUCUUCAUUCUGUUUCCUCUCAUCGCAGCAGCCUCACUACCAGGAGAAAAACCGGAUCAAAACUGAAGUCCAUGAAGUUGCUUGAGGUUCUGAAUGCUCUGGAGGAGGAGGAAUCUGGCCAGAGUAGGGAGGAGAUCUUCAUUGCACCGCCCAACAAUGCUUCAGGGGACUUCACUGAUGAGGACUCGGGUGAUGAAGAUGGCCGGCGAGGAACCCACCUGCCCGGCAAUGUGCUGCAUGCCUUUGUUGUGCCUGAGGACUCUGGCACCGGGGAGGAGGAUGAUGACCUGCAGCUGCAGCCAGCCAUGAAGAAGCAAAAGGCAGUAGUGGAACCUCAACAUGUUUGGACCAAAAGAGAUAUCCGCCCGGACUUCACCAGUUGGACAGCAUCAGAUCCUCAUAUGGAGGAUCUCAAAAGCCAGGAACUGAGUCCUGUAGGCCUCUUUGAAUUGUUUUUUGAUGAAGGAACAAUUAAUUUUAUUGUUAAUGAAACCAAUCGUUAUGCUUGGCAGAAGAAUGUCAACCUGGGUCUCACAGCCCAGGAAUUGAAGUGUGUUUUGGGCAUUUUGAUUUUAAGUGGGUAUAUCUCCUAUCCAAGGAGAAGGAUGUUUUGGGAAACAUCCCCUGAUUCACAUCAUCAUCUUGUGGCUGACGCAAUUAGAAGGGACAGAUUUGAACUGAUCUUCUCAUACCUGCAUUUUGCAGAUAACAAUGAGCUUGAUGAAAGUGAUAGGUUUGCCAAGGUGAGGCCUCUCAUUGUCCGCAUGAACUACAAUUUCCAGAAGCAUGCACCCUUGGAAGAGUUCUACAGCUUUGGCGAGUCUAUGUGUGAGUACUUUGGACACCGGGGGUCCAAGCAUCUGCCUGCGGGGAAACCUGUGCGGCUGGGCUACAAGAUCUGGUGUGGGACGACCAGCAGGGGCUAUUUGGUGUGGUUCGAGCCCUCACAGGGCACACUGUUCACUAAGCCAGACAGGGGCCUGGACCUAGGAGGCAGUAUGGUGGUGAAAUUUGUGGAUGCACUUCAGACACGUGGGUGUCUGCCAUACCACAUAUUUUUUGACAAGGUUUUUACAAGUGUCAAAUUGAUGUCCAUUUUAAAGAAGAAAGGAGUGAAGGCCACAGGAACUGUUCGUGAGUACAGAACUGAACGAUGUCCCCUUAAAGAUCCCAAAGAACUGAAGAGAAUGAAGAGGGGUUCGUUUGAUUACAAAGUUGAUGAGAGUGAGGAGAUCAUCGUGUGCCGCUGGCAUGAUAGCAGUGUGGUCAACAUCUGCUCCAACGCUGUGGGCAUAGAGCCAGCAGGGCUGACCAGCCAUCACUCGGGAGCAGCCAAGACACAGGCCCAGGUUCAUCAGCCAUCACUGCUGAGGCUGUACCAGGAGAAGGUUGGGGGUGUCGGCCGCAUGGACCAGAACAUCGCCAAGUACAAGGUGAAGAUCCGGGGUAUGAAGUGGUACUCGAGUUUCAUUGGCUAUGUUAUUGAUGCUGCUCUUAACAAUGCAUGGCAGCUGCACAGGAUAUGCUGCCAUGAUGCCCAGGUGGACCUUCUGGCCUUCCGGAGAUACGUGGCCUGCGUGUACCUAGAGAGCAAUGCGGAUACGUCAUCCCAAGGGAGGCGAAGCAGGCGGCUGGAAACUGAGAGCCGCUUUGACAUGAUUGGGCACUGGAUCAUCCACCAGGACAAGAGGACCCGGUGUGCCCUGUGCCACUCACAGACCAACACCCGCUGCGAGAAGUGCCAGAAGGGCGUCCAUGCCAAGUGCUUCAGGGCGUACCACAUCCGGUAAUGCAUCCUGGGCAGAGGGAGCCCCCUGGAUGUUUGGUUUGUUAUGAGAUGUUUACAGCUAAUUACAUAUAGCA